AUGACAGCCAUGCUGAGUCCAAAGAUCAGACAGACCAGAAGAGCCAGGUCAAAGAGUAUGGUGAUGGGUGAGGUGUCCCAAGGGACAUGUCGGCCCACCUCCCCGGGCCUCCAGGAGGGGGCGCUGAAAGCUGGCUGGCUGAAGAAACAGAGGAGCAUUAUGAAGAAUUGGCAGCUGCGCUGGUUUGUGCUACGUGCUGACUACCUAUACUUCUACAAGGAUGAGGAGGAAACCAAACCACAGGGUUGUAUCCCUCUCAGGGGCACUCAGGUGAACGAACUGACGGUGAAUCCGGAGGAACCUGGCCGACACCUGUUUGAGAUUGUCCCAGGAAGUACUGUGGAGAAAGACAGAGCUACCAUAAGCCAUGAGCCCUUCCUUCUUAUGGCCAAUUCCCAGACUGAAAUGGAUGACUGGGUCAAGGCCAUUCGACGAGUCAUAUGGGCUCCACUUGGUGGAGGAAUAUUUGGACAAUGUCUGGAGGACACUGUCCAAUAUGAAAAGAAGUUUGGCCCACGUCUUGUUCCGCUCUUGGUUGAGCAAUGUGUGGAUUUUAUUAGGGAGCGGGGACUGAAUGAAGAAGGCCUUUUUAGGAUGCCAGGUCAGGCAAACCUGGUAAAAGAGCUCCAAGAUGCUUUUGACUGUGGAGAUAAACCACUGUUUGACAGUAACACUGAUGUUCACACCGUGGCAUCGUUGUUGAAGUUGUACCUCAGAGAGCUACCUGAGCCAGUCAUACCUUUCAGCAAGUAUGAGGACUUCCUCACCUGUGCACAGCUUCUUUCCAAAGAUGCUGAGGAGGGAAUACAAGAACUAGGAAGGCAAGUGAAGACACUUCCCCAGGCCAACUACGAUCUUUUGAAAUAUAUAUGCAAAUUUCUUGAUGAGGUUCAGUCACACUCAAAUGAGAAUAAAAUGAGUGUGCAGAAUCUGGCAACAGUGUUUGGACCAAAUAUCCUUCGUCCUAAAAUGGAAGACCCAGUUACCAUCAUGGAAGGAACCUCUCUUGUUCAGCAUCUCAUGACUGUGCUCAUCAGCGAACACCAUCGUCUUUAUGCUGAGCAGAAUUCAGAAGUUCCUCUGGUCCAGGUGAGCUCUCAAGACCAACAGCACCAGCAAUCUAACCUGGUUGACUUGAUCUCAGAGGAGGAAUUUCAGGGCUGCCCAUCGGGAGGGAAGAGCUCUUAUUCCAACAAUGACCCUGCCAGCACCAGUGCUUCCUCCUUGGAUGCCAAUAUUUGCUCACCAGCUGGUCCCUCCUCAAAGUUAGCAACUCAGGGAAAGGGGAGCACAGCUAUCAGCCCCAGCAAGCAAUCUAAGACUCUGCCUGCCUGGAAAUACUCCUUUAAGAGUUCUUCGCCACGACCACCCUCUACUAAAAUCGGUGGCUCCACAGUAGAUGUGUCAAGUGCCUCGAGUGGGAACUGGUUAAUGAAUGGACUGUCCUCAUUGCGAGGACAUCGCCGCACCUCCUCAGGAGAGCGUGUCAGGGAUUCUGGGUCAUCACAGAGACUGUCCACCUAUGACAAUGUUACGUCAUCCUCCAGUCUUGGGAGUGUGCCCAGUGUGGCCAGCACUCCGUGGUCCACUUCAUCUAGUGAGAUUUCUGUUCCAGACUCUAGUAGUGACCCUUUGGGGACAAACACCGGUCAGGAAGGUUCUUUGCCAGAGCCAAAGGAGUUCCCCCAGGGUACAUCACAGGAUGGUGACACAGUUAAACCUUCAGAGCAAGAGGAGGGUAGCAUCGUUAUGGAGAUAUGUGUGAGCAGUGUAGACUGCAGUGACAAUACUAAUAUGACCACUGCUGUCGCAGUUGCAGCUGAUGAAGCAGAUGAAAGCACCUUGUCUCUGGCCAGCUUGGUGGCAGGGCUGAAAGAUGAGCUGAGGAGGCAGAAAUUGACCUAUGAAUCCAGAAUGAAAAAGCUGGAGGAGUCGAGCGCAGCACUUUGUGCACAGAUGAAGAGGCUUGAGCAUGAGAUGGAGCAGGAAAGAAAGAAAAAGGAAAUGCUUGAGAUCAAACUGCGCAACUCUGAGCGGGCACGUCAGGACGCAGAGACCCGUAAUCAGCUUCUCGAAAAGGAAAUGGAGGAAUUUUUCUCCACUCUGGGGGACCUUGCUCUUGGAGCCCGCACUAGUGACCUUUGA